CUAACAGAGAAACAGAGACAACGCCGCAAAAACCUUCCUAAACAACACCUUCCCCGAAGUCCUCACAACUCUAGCCCCCCACCUUCCCAAAACCUUAACCGCAACCCUAGAACCAAUCGACAUCCUAGGCCUCAUAAACAUGUGCCCCUACGAAACCGCCGUCCUCGGCUCCUCCAAUUUCUGCCCCCUCUUCACCGAAGACCAGUGGUCCGCGUACGGAUACACGCUGGACCUCCAAUUCUACGGCGACUACGGACCAGGCUCGCCGUCCGGCCGCGCCCAGGGCCUAGGCUGGGUCCUCGAGCUCGCCGCCCGCCUCAACCACACGCUCCCCUCCACGCAGUCCGCAAACAUCAACCUGACCCUCGACGCCAACCCCGCUACCUUCCCCGUCCACCAGCCGCUCUACAUGGACAUGUCGCACGACGACGUCAUCGUCUCCGUCCUCACUGCCCUGGGCAUGCAGUAUUUCACUUUCCCGGGUGGGAAGGGCUUACCGCGUGAUGUGCGCGAGCCGCCGGCACGGAGGUUCAAGUUGGGGGAGAUUGCGCCGUUUGGCGCGCAUUUUGUGGCUGAAGUCUAUUCUUGUCCUUCGGAUAUGGAUCGGGUGGUGUUGGGUGGGGAGACGAUGUAUGAGAAUCCCGAUUUGAGCGGGAGUGGGGUUGAGACGGAGGAGUGGCUGCGGUUUGUGCUGAAUGGGAAGCCUGUUCCGCUGGAGGGGGUGAGUGGGUGCGAGGGUGGGAACGAUGGGGGCCAUGGGAUGUGUCGGGUUAAGGGGUUUCUUGGGGGUGUGGAGGAGAUGGUGAGGGUCGCGGAGUGGGACAGGGCGUGUCUUGGGAAUUAUACGUCGCCUGGGCAGGUGGGGGAUGGGCAUCCUGUUUGAUUAUCUUGUGGUUUUCUGGGAUGAAAGAGGGUCUUGGUGUCUCCCCUGAUUAUAUCAUAUUUCUGUGCUUGACGGUUAGGUAGGCCAGGGAGCUGAAAGGAAGGGGGGUCUGGGGGUUCUCCCCCAUGAUACUUUAUAUCUCUGGUUUGAGAGGGUCGAGAUACCAGGAAGCUGAAGGGAAAGGGGGGUCUGGGGGUUCUCCCCCAGAGCGCUUUAUAGCCUGGUGGUCUUUAUGUCUCCUUUGGUUUAAGAGUGAGUUUAGCUGGGAAGUUGAAA